CCGACAUAAACAAAAAAAACGCUGUUUUGUUUCCCUCUUUCACUUCAGCGGUUCUUCAGAGAAUACGAAACCCUAGAAACUAAAUUGGUGGAGUUGAUAGAAUUAUCAAGAAGAAGAACUUAAUCCCUGUGUCAGCUGCUAAUAUUAAGUAUGGGGUCGAAAAGACUGGAACUUCAAGAAGCUCUCAAGAAGCAGAAGCCCUCAACAACAAAACAUCAAGAAGCUCUCCAGAACCAGAGACGAUCAACAAAAAAACGACAAGAAGCUCUCCACAACCAGAGGCUGUCGACAACAAAACCACGCUCUGCAUCUGUCAACAGCGGCAGAUUGGCAAAUGAAAUUGUGACUGAUGCAGUGGAUGAAAGACUCAAAGUGGUUGCUCCCGAGAAGCAGAAAUUGUCAGCAACAAAACCAUGUUCUGCAUUAAUCAGUGGCAGCAGGGAAAACGAAAUUGUGACAGAUUCAGUGGAUGAAAGACUGAAUGUUGAGAAGCAGAGGUCUCCAGCAACAAAACCAUGUUCUUUGUUUGUCAACGGUACUAGUGCAAACAAAAUUGUGACUGAUGCAGUGGAGAAGGAGAAGCUGCCAACAAAGAAACCACACGUCGCAUACGUCGACGGCCCAAUGAAAUAUACAUUGGAUGAAAUAUACAAUGCUAGACUAUUUCUCUUGAGAAGCAGAGGUCGUCAGCAACAAAACCAUGUUCCUGCAAUCGUCAAUGGCCGAAGAGCAAAAGAAAUUGUGACCGAUGUAGUGGGUGAAAGGCUCAACGCUGCUGCUCUCAAGAAGCAGAGUUCGUCGACAACAAAAUCAAGUAUCGCAGUCGCCAAUGGCAGUUGGGCAAACAAAAUUGUGACCAAUCCAGUUGAUGGGAAACUCAAAGCAGUUGGUGACAUCCUUGAUGUUGGAAAUGAUAUUAGAGAUGAUGAUGCUGAUAUACUUGAUGGAGAUGGAGACUACGACGUGCAUAUUGCAGAAGACCAAUAUUUACUCAAUGACUCUGAUGAAGAUGCUGACAUACUUGAUGCGGAUGGAGACAGUGAUGUGCACAUUGUGGAAGACCAAUUGUUACCGACCGACUCUGAUGAAGUUGCUGACAUACUUGAUGUGCAUGGAGACAGUGAUGUGCACAUUGUGGAAGACCAAUCGUUACCAACCUACUCUGAUGAAGAUGCUGACUUAUUUGAUGCAGAUGGAGACAGUGAUGUGCAUAUUGCAGAAGACCAAUUGUUACCCACUAACUCUGAGAAUUCAUCAAGGAAAAGGAGUCGUGAAAUGGCCUGGAGACAAGUGACUGACCCUCAUAGUGAGUCUAACAACGCAAACUGCACCUACAAUGGUCAAGGAAGCACUUCUAUGCCGUCAGAUACCCGUAUCCCAAUUAUAUUCGACAAAUAUGGGCGCCCUUGUGAUGUUGGGUCAGAAAAAUUUGUAACGGAUAUUGGAAGGUUAGUACGAGCACAUUGUCGUCCUGCGAUUGAAUCUUGGAAAAUUGUUCCAAACAGCAUGAAGGAUAAUAUAUGGAAAGACAUUGUUGCUAGGUAUGUCGUACCUGAAGUUUAUAAGCCUCAUGUUUUGUCAAGGGCUAGCAAAUCUUGGAAAGGUUGGAAGCAACAUCUGCGAAGAGAGUUGGAUAAACAUGAGACCGUUGCUGAGAGGAAAAUAAAGAUACCGUGGCGUCUGAUUACAAAUAGAGACGAUUGGGAAAGUUUUGUUGAUUUCUGCAAUAGCGACGAGCAUAUGAAACUUCGGGCAGCUGGUAAAAAAGCUCAAGAAGCUUCUGAAUUUACACAGUCAUGUGGAAGGAAAGGAAUUUUUCGCAAAAUAUACGAAUUGGAAAAAGCGAGUCCAACUGGUGAAGUGAACAGAGCUGCAAUAUUUGUUGGCACCCAUACUUCCAGGAAUGAUCUUGGUGAAGACAAAAUGAAAUUAGUUAAAGAGCUUGUAGAAGCUAAUCCAGACGGUCAGAAAGAUAUUGACAACGAUGCUGUCGCAUUGGUAUGUGGACGUGAUUCAAGAGGUUCAGUAAAAGGCAUGGGAGGAGGUGUUUCGAGGACUACGAUACAUGCUUCUGCUACAACUUUAGAGAUUCUUCGCAAAGUACAACAAGAAAACAAGAGUCUGCAGUCUGAUCUCCAUUUACUCCGAACACAAUUAGGAGAACACACUCCGAAUCAUACUUCUACACCAUCAAGUCAAUCUGCGCCACACACACAAAACCGUACUUCAAUACCAUCAAAUCAAUCUGCACCACCUGCACAAAAUCCUACUUUUACGCCAUCAAAUCAAUCUGCGUCACACAUACAGAAUCGUACUUCAACACCAUCAAAUGAAUCUGCCCCACGUGCUCAAAAUCGUAGUUCUACACCAUCAAGUCAAUCUGCGUCACGCAUACAGAAUAGUACUUCAAUACCAUCAAAUCAGUUUGUGCCACGCACACAAAAUCGUACUUCGACACCAUCAAAUCAAUCUGUAUCUCAGAACCUGAAGCGUCCAACCUGCCUUCUCAUUCACGUUUGGCACCUGAUGCAUCCAACUUGCCUUCUCGUUCAUGUUUGCCACCUUCUGCGUCCAACUUGCCUGCUUCUAGUUCAUGUUUCAUAAAAAACUUCAAAGGAAGGACCAUUGCUUUAGGUAGUAUCAACACUGCGGAUCCACCAAUGGAACAUGUCUAUAGUUUAAUUAUCGAAGAAAUAUUUGACAGAAACGCAGAACUAUUUGAUAUAGAUGGGAAGCUUGGAGAUGUUAUGGUUGGUGGCGUGAUUAAUUGGCCAAAAGCAUGUGUUGAGUUCAACUUGCCUGCUAAUUCAUGUUUCAUACGAAACUUCAAGAGAAGAACCAUCGCUUUCGGUAGUAUCAAUACUGCUGAUCCGCCGACGGAACAUGUUUAUAGUGUAAUUGUGAAAGAAAUAUAUGACAGAGAUGCAGAAUUAUUUGAUGAAGAUGGGAAGCUUGGAGACAUUAUAAUCGGUGGUUUGAUUAAUUGGCCGAAAGCAUGUAUUAAGCCUUGUUGACAGGAAAUCAUGCCAUUAUUAUUUUUCAUUUCCUGUAACUAGUAUGUAUAGUCUUUGCAAGUGUUGUUUUCUGGGUUCUAGUUUUAGAAGUUUUAUUUUUAUACUGGAUGUUUUCUAGACAAGAAAACUUAUGAGACAAGUGAAUUAUCUGUUACAGAAAAGGGAGCACCAUGAAAAAUUUCAAAUAUAUCGACUGACAGAAGGGGAAGAGAAAUUUCUUUGGCACUUUUUUCUUUUGUAAUAUAUA